GAUACCCAUACCGACUACCGUACCCCGUACCCCCGCCUCCGCCGCCGCCGCACGCCCGCACUUCGGCCGACAUUCCCCGCCCCGGACAGGGCAUACCGAUCGAUAUCCACAUUCUUAUUUCCGUUCCGAGCCCGGUAGAUUAGCAGUACCUAACAUUAACAUAGGUCGCCGGCAUCAUGGCGUCGGGCGCACCCACGGGGCCAUCCGGCGCAGGCGCUGGAGGAAAAAACAUCAACAACAACAGCAUCGUCCCCGCUCAGCUUGGCUUCCUAGCCAUCUACAAUCCCAGUCUUGGCACGACCGACGACACGCUCGAGGACCAGAUCGUCUACUACGCCUCGGUCACGACGCUGAAGGACCAGCAGCGUAGAAGACAUCGGUCGGAUAGAUCAUCACGCCGCCGUCAUGCGCCAACCAAUUCUGUGACUGGAGCAGCUGCCCCCGGCACGGAAGCUGUCUCUCAAGAGGAGAAGAAUGAGCGCCUCAGGCAGAUAGGACUGGCCCAGGGCAUGGUCGAGUUCGGCAAGAGUUUCUCGGGCGGGAGGUCGGUUAAUACGAUUGAUACGGAGAAGAGCAGGGUGGUGCUUCAUGAGUUGGAGCCGGGCUGGUGGAUUUUGGCUUCCAUAGACCUCACCCGCCUUCCCCUCCCCAACCAAGGCGGUGCCAGCAACAGCAAAACCCCCGCCUCCCGUCCCCAGUCUCCCAUCCCCGGCAGCCCUCGCAAAGGCGGCGCAUCAUCGACAACUGAACAAGACCAAAAAGCCGAAUACUCCUCCCGCGAACUCAAGCCCGCCGCUCUCCUGCUGCGAGACCUCCUCCGCGCCCACGCCUGCUUCCUCCUGCACCACGACAGUUCCCUGUCAUCACUCUUCGUGCGCGCCCAGCGGCCCAAGUUCGUUUCCUUGCUCAGCCGCUACUGGGACCUGUUCCUGUCCACUUGGAACGUGUUGCUGCACGGUAACCCGGCUUGCAACAUCUAUGGCGGGAUCAAGAUCGCUGCCAGUGGAGAGCUGGGCGUUGGAGUGGGAGAAGAGGAUAGAGGUUCAGGAGAGAGGGAGGUGUUGGAGGGGAUGGUGGACAGAGUCGAGGGGCUUGUAGAUUUGGUGGUGGGCAGAUUUGGAGAGCCUGGGGAGGAAGGAAAGGAGUCGACGGAGUGGCUUGGUACCGGAGCGGAACCGGGCGCAGACGACGGUGCGAUUUUCUUGGGCACAGGUGCGCUGUCGAGGCAGUCGUUACGCUCGGUCGUCUGGUGGAUGGAGGAUAUGUAUACGUGGGGAGAGAACGCGUAUGGGGUUAUUGAGAGUCCGACGGCCACGAGAGUACCGCCGAGGAGGCAGCAUAGACAGACGGGCAGUAGGGCCAAGAUUGCCUCGCUUGGGGAGGUGAUGUCGCCUGGACUGAAGGUGUCGGAUUUGAGAUUGCCGCCGCCGAAACCGAAGCCGACAUCGACGCCGCAGUCGGAGCCGGAGCAGAGCAAGACGACUUCGGAUUCGGAUGGUAGACCGUCGGGACCACCAAGACCGGUUACUUCUCUCCAUCCUCCGACCAAGGGCAAAAGUCCUGCGAGCCCCACGGGUACGGGGACGGGGACGCCGGCUAGCCUGACGACGGAUGAGCAAGGAGGCGUGGGCCAUCUGUUUAGCUACCUGAAAAUGGGCUAUGGAACCCACUGGAGUUUGGGUAUGGGAGGCAGCUCUCAACCCGCCGAAAAACAAAAGGAGAAGGUUGAGGAUCAGAAGCCAAAGAAGCCGCCCAAGGACUCCCAGUUCUUGAUCGGUCUCAUGGGCGAUCUGGAGGGUACGCCGGCCACCAGCCCCGACGGUGAGCCCAUCGACCCCUUCGAGGCUGAAGACUCCAACUCGCGUCUGCUGUUGCGCACCCUCACUGUCGAAAUCGAAAGCGAAGGCGAAAACCGUCACGCUUCACAGUUCCAACAAGAUUUCGGUAGCCAUGACACCGAGCUCGCUGAGACAGAUCCCCAGGGUACCAGCACCGGCACAGUAACCGUCACUGACGAUGAUGGCCAUCGCCGCGUCACCACCGUUACCACAGCCAACAGCCCCACGCCGACUCUCGAAACCGGCUCGGCAGCCUCUCGUUCCGUGAACCCUUCAGGCUCAGGACACACGUCGUCGUUGGGUAGCAAAGGAAGCGCCGGUACUACGGGUAUCACCUCCGCCGCCACCAGCUUUGACUCCCAAGACCGCAACAAGACCAAGAAGCUGCGGGUGGUGGUCUACGUCAUGCGUCCCUUCAUCUUUGUCUUCCUCUUUCAGCUGCGCACCGAUUCGCUCGCUUGGGAAGGUUUCUACCGGAACUUGCACCAGCAAAUGGCCCCUCUCCGAAAGUCGCUGUUGCGGGCUACGGCUUACAGGCCUGAGCGUCCCUUUGACUCUGUAGCGGGAGGAAGUGGGCAGAUCUACGAUCUAGUCUGGGACCCAAAGGAACUCACCGUUCAUUCAACGAUUCCUAACAUCCCUGAGCCUCCCAUUCCUGUGGCGGCGGGAGUUUUUGGUGGUUCAGAGACAGCAUCGGCCAAGGCGGCCAAAGCACCCUGGAGCCGCAUCGAAGCCCUGAACACCCACAACCAGAUCCUCAACAUGUUCAUCAACACGCGCGACGAUAACCUCACCGGGUAUGAGCGAACAUGCAAGACAAGUAGAGGAUGGUGGAUCGUUUGGAACCGCAUUCUCGAACGGACUGCCGCCGCCGCCGCCGAGUCCCAACACCAGCAUAUUCUAUCCGUCUCCUCUCCAUCCUCUGCUACUACAAGAACGCACUCCCCGGCCGCUGCUUCCUCUCCCACAGUCGCCUCCUUCACCGACGCUAACCAGGUUCUUUUCGCCAACGUCAAUAAACCCCGACGUGCGAGGGCGGCAAGUGAUAAAACUCUUCGGAGGCGGAGGGUGUCUGGUUCUUCGUCGCCUAAUCCUGAUGCUUCUUCCUCUGACCCCGCUGCUGAUCCCGCCGCUGCCUCUUCUAAUCCCUCCGGCACUGCUGCGUCCGCACCCGACGACUCCCUCCCAAGCACAGCUUGCAUUCCCGCAGACCAACUACCACUACAACAUGAACUACCUGGUGAUGACGCCGACAACGAAGGACAAGGCGAAGAUGGGGAUGAGGAAGAAUACGACCAAGAAGAGCACACAUCAAGUGAAACAGCUAUGCCCGCCUCCGCUAGCGCUACCGGCUCAUCUUCUUCAUCAGCGAGGAGAAGGGGGAAUGACAUGGUUGAAGUUUCCAAAGAGAUUUUCCUCAUCCGCAAAGCUACAGCGGGGGAGAGCGGGACUGGAUUGUCUGUUGGGGCUGUUGGUGGUGAUAGACAUCUCGGGCACACGAGGGGUGUGAGCAGUGUUGGGAGUAUUGUGAAUGCGGCUGCUGCUGCAGCGGGUGCUGGAGGAAGUGGCGCUGGUAAUGAAAAGGGUUCGGAAAGCAGUGGUGUUAGUGGUGCGGCUGGGACCGGAGCUACUACUGCUGCACCAGGAGAAGGGACAGGAGGAGGAGGAGGAGGAGGAUGGACAGACGGAGCGACCAAGUUGGCUCAGGGGAUUGGUGUGGAUACUAGGAGAUAUAUUGAAGGGUUGUUGACUUUGAAUCGCUAGAUAGGACAGGGAAACCCAGGGGAGGAAAUACCCAACCAGGGCAUGUUGAGGGGGUAGGAGGAUGUAUGGAUGGAUACCAAGGUAAGUGGACUGGCGGUGG